ACUAAAGCUGCUAUAAAAAGCUAGUCGUGUCUUUAAUAAACCGCAUUUGUAUUAUUUUCUUUGCUUAAGCACGACGUAUAUUAACAAAAGUAAUGCUGAAUUUGAAGUUUUCUCUUUUAACUAUUUGUGCCAUAUACGCCUUCUUUUCAUUGCCAAAUGAGACGUCCGCUGUUGGUGCCCCACAAAAUCUCAGUGGUAAUGAUUUGAAAAUUGCUAUAACGAUACUUGAGAAGGCUUUAAGCAAAUCGAGUGCUGGUGAUGGACCCAGCUAUAAGCUUGCAAAAGUGAAUUCAGCCAGCAAACAAGUGGUGGCCGGCACUCUCUACAAGUACAAUGUGGAUCUCAUUAACAACGAUAACAAUGUGAGGAAGUGUAAUGUUGAAAUAUGGGCGCGACAAUGGUUGCUAAAUGGCAAUCAAGUUACCAUCGCUUGCAGUGGUGAGCAGGUGAUUAGGUACAGUGCUUAAAUGCUGGAAUAUACUGGGACACAGCGCUAUUAUAGUAAUAAAUAAAUUAAUUGUAUUUCA